GUUGUUUCUUUACUCAACCUCUAGGUUUCUAGAUUGGAGGAUACAUCGCUGAGUUCGAGAGAAGAAGAAGACAAAAGGGUUUUUGCAAUGGAUAGUCUGCGAAAUCUAUUGCCCUUUUCAACGGUUGGUAGUGACCUGAGAGAAUCAAAGGAGCUUGUUCAGAGACUUUCAGUCCCCGAGAGUACCAAAACCUUUGUGUUUGCAAUCAAAGUCCCUGAGCAUGGUUCCACCAUCUACUUACUCUCUGUUCACAACUUAUCUCAGAGAUCUGCUACCGACGCCGAGUGUCUUAUACGUGAACUCCGUCCUGAUGCUGUUGUGGCUCAGGUGAACCCUUCAGCUUUUGGAGAAGACCAUGAGGAGGGCUCAAUCCCAACGUCAGCUUUUAAAGUUCUUGCACGUUGUCUUAAAGACGAGAGUCUUAACAAAGAAAAGUACCAAAGCGUCGCAAGGAACUUGGUUAUGAAGGAGAUUUUUGGGACAUGUUUUAAUGGACCUCUAUUGGCUGCUAAAAGGGUUGCUGAGGAGGUUGGUUCGACGUUCACGGUACUUGAUUCUCCUUUUCUUAUGGAUGGUCUGACUAAAUCUCCUUUAGGCUCCACAAGGUUUCAGAUAAGCAAUGAUCAACGGUCACUGAUGCAGAGACUCUUAUCUUCACAUAUCACUCAGCUCAGUAAUGAGAUAGAAUCUGAUAGUGUUCCUGUGGUGCUUCCACCGUUUGCUCUUUCCGUUUAUAACUUACUUGUUGAUCUUCACAACAUAUUUAACGAUCUCCCAGCUAUGAGGAAAGCUCUAUACACUGCCACAAAGAUGUUGUCUGAUGUGAAUAACGGCGAAGCCGUUGAUGCAGAGGCUCUCUCUGAAGUUUACCUCUUCAGGCUUGCAGUUGAAGGUCUUAGAAUUGCUUUGAACAAGGGUGGUCGGCUAAACAGCAUCAGGAACCAAGGAACCGAAGUUCAGUUUUCGAAGCUAUCUUCUGAUGACAAAGCUUAUGACCUUAUGGCAGAUGAUCUUCGUAGUCAGGCUAAGAAGUUUAAGAGUAUAGUAGCGGUAGUGGACUCAGGUAACCUCGCUAGCCUUAGGAGGCACUGGAGAACUCGAGUUCCUCAAGAAGUUCUAGCUAUGUCGACCGAGCAUACGGUGCAGGACUCUGAUUCAAAGCUAAAACCGGUGGUGGCGGUUGGUGGAGCAGGUGGUGCUUUAACACUAUCCAAGUCCUCCAGGUUCUUGAGCCGUUUCUUGACACACAAGGCAUCGGCAUUUACCAAAAUGGUGUAUCCCUCAGCAUUAUCCGCCGAGAGAAUCAGAGGAGUAACACAGUAUAUUUUAACUUCUGCUGAAGGAACUAGCUUAGAUGCCAUGGGAGCUGGAUUCUACGCGAUGAUGAUGCGGAAGAGGAGAGUAGCGAAACCUAUGGGUGCCUUACCGAUGGUCGUGGUUGGAGCCGGUCUUGCAAGCUUUUCCGGGUUGAUCUACUGUGAAGAGAGGAUUGAAUGUGCAGCUGUGACUCUUCCUUCAGCUCCUUCGAUCGCAAAACUUGGUCGAGGGGUUCAGAACUUGCGUGAGGCGUCUCUGGAAGUGACUAGGAGAGGAAACAACGGGGUACAUAACGCAAUGCAUGGUCUUAGUCAGAGGGUGAGGAACUUGACUCUUAAUUAUUUAAAUUUCACACCAAAUUUGGUUCGUUAUAUUUGCAAACGUUGUAUCUAA